AUGAGCCACGAGGAUGGCCACAUGAGCAAGUACCAGAGGCACCGGGAAACCAGAAGGAUCAACUUGGACAGAAAGCACCCAGGUGACUUUGGCGAGGUUAGUAUGAGGCGUUACCACUACAAGGGGAACCAGAACUUCUGCCCAACUGUCAGCGUCAAUAAAUUAUGGAUCUUGGUCAGUGAGCAGAUACAGGUAAAUGCUCCCCAAAACAGAACUAGAGAUGCCCCCAUCAUUGAUGUGGUGCAAUCCGGUUGGGAAAAUGUUCUGGGGAAGGGAGAGCUCCUAAAAUCACCUGUCCUGAAGAUCAAAUUUUUCAGCAGAAGAGCCAAUGAGAGCAAGUGGAGGAGCCUGGUGUCCUGGUUUGAAGCCACAUGGAGCUCAUUAAAUGCCAACAAAUGCUUCAAAAGAUACUAA